AUCACACAUAUCCAAAAAGUUGGAAAAAGAAAAAAAAAACAAGAAGGAAAAUAUGGGAAAACUUAGCCAUUGUGUGUUUUUGGUAUUGCUAUUAUGCUUAGUUGCUGGUGCAGCAGCCCAGCAAUGUGGCAGAGAUGUUGGUGGCAAAACUUGUGAUGGAAACCUUUGUUGCAGCCAGUAUGGCUGGUGUGGCAGCACUGAAGAGUACUGUUCUCCCUCCAAGAACUGCCAGAGCAACUGUUGGGGCGGCGGUGGCGGUGGCGGUGGCGGUGGCGGUGGCGGUGAUAGCGGUGAAGGGAGUGCAUCAAAUGUGCGUGCAACCUAUCAUUACUAUAACCCGGAGCAACAUGGAUGGGACUUGAAUGCAGUUUCUGCUUAUUGUUCUACUUGGGAUGCUAACAAGCCCUAUUCAUGGCGUAGUAAGUAUGGUUGGACUGCUUUCUGUGGCCCUUCUGGGCCUCGUGGCCAAGCUUCUUGUGGCAAGUGUUUGAGGGUUACAAAUACGAGGACCGGGGCUCAAAAAAUAGUGAGGAUUGUGGAUCAGUGCAGCAAUGGAGGAUUAGAUUUGGAUGUUGGGGUAUUCAACCAAUUGGACACUGAUGGGAACGGUUAUGCUCAAGGUCAUCUCAUUGUAAACUACCAGUUUGUCAACUGCGGAGAUGGCCUGGAUAUUGUUAAUCCUCUGCUUUCUAUUAUUGAUCAUGGUCUGAUCAAUUAAAUUAUUGGUUUUUCUCAAUUUGACCCUUGUUGUUGAAUAAGCAACUGCAUGUAUUAGCUUGUAUUGGGAAAUCAAGAGAGAGAGGGGGGCGGCUAAUGAUAUGUUGGCAUGAUCGUUGAAUUAUAUAUUAAGAUUAUGUA